AUUCGCAAAAUAGACGCCUGUGGCACCGCCCGAAACACACGGUAACCUCAUCCGCAAUGGAGCUCUUCGCGCCUCCCUACGGCCUCCUUUGCCUCCCGCACCACCGCUGCCCCUUCACCGCCUCCUCCCCUCUUUUCCUCACCAUCCCCAGAAAGUCUCUCCUCGCCUCCCGCUCCCCCAUCUCCAAUCCCGGAUUGGGCCGUUCUGGUGCUCGCCCGCUGCGGGCCAUGGUCUCGGGCGAGGAGACCUCCGCGGCUGUCGUAGCCGAUGAUGCUGUGGCGAAGCCACUCGAAGGACCGUCCUCCUUCACGAACUCGUCCUCCCCAGGUGAAGAGAACCCUGAUGGUGGUGGUGAAGCGAUUGCUGAGACUGUGGAUGAUCUUUUAUCUAAGCUUAAUGAUCAGGUGGACUCUACCAUCCUCUUCUAUGGAGCUGUUGCACUGGUUGCACUGUGGAUUUCAUCAACAAUCAUUUCUGUCAUUGAUUCCAUCCCUGUGUUCCCCAAGGUGCUGGAAGUUGUUGGCCUUGGCUACACAGUCUGGUUCAGCUCGCGAUAUCUGAUCUUCAAGGAAACUAGAGAUGAUUUUUUCUCAAAACUUGAUGAUCUCAAGGAGAAGAUAUUAGGACGUAGUGAUGAUUGAGAAAUUCAGAUACCAAUAUUUUCAUAAAUAGCCUGUUGUUACAUGUUAUUUUAGUGGUUUACAUUUCCAGACUUCCCUUUGUUGCAUGUGUUGUCAAUUCAAAGCGUCUGGAUGUAAACUAUGUCAACCAUAGAAAUGUAUGUGGCUGUGAUCAGGAUUGGUACAAGAUUGAGCCAAAGGUAUGUUAUUCAUUUACGAUGAGUGAUUAUAAUCUUUCACUAA